AUGGUCGACUUCGGCUGGUCUGCUGGCUGUAUCGUCGACGCUAUCAAGGCCGCAGACAAGAUACGGAGGGCACUGCAGGACGCCGGAGGCGCCAAAGACCACUAUGCCGAGACCAUAGCCUUUCUCUCCCAAGUUGCAGUCACGUUCAAAUACCUGGAGAAGCAUAUUGAGGACAAUCCGGAGUCACCAUACCGCGAGCUUAUCGAGCACCAAUUGAAGCUCCUCCAAACUCCAUGGAAGAAAAUAGAAUCCAGUUACAUGGAGAAGUACGCAAAGAGCCUGGGCGUCAACUCAACAAGAUCGAAGAUCAAGCAGGCACCGCGGAAGAUGCAAUGGGCUUUGAAGGACGUGGAUGAUAUUGUGAGAAAGACCAAGGCAGAUAUUCUGGGGCCAUUGCAGAUGAUCGAGUCGUUCCUGUCGCUGGAAUUAAUAAAAUCGAUUCGAGCACUCAACGAGAAAUGCCAACAAAUCGUCGACGAGCUCCGUCUCGCCGAUAUCUCUAGCACAAUUCAGCACCGUUUCCAUGAGCUUGGCCAAGAUGUUGCUAUCCAGACAACGACUCAAGCUCAGCAGCUGGAGACUCUGGGAUCACUACAGCGAUCUAUCGACCAACAGCACAGCGAAGUUGCUGGCCUGAUGAAGGAGGCUAAUUCCGCCGUUUCGUCUCGCCCACUGGAGAAGAAAGCGAUCGAUUCUAUACUCAUCAUGACGGAAGAGACCGCAUCAACAGUUAAGUCCAUUGAAGAAAAGCUACAGUCUCCGACUACGUCCAACAGAGCCCUGGCAGAGGUCCUACGGACCCAACAAUUGCGCCUCGAUAACAUACAGACGGCCCUCCAAGGGCUCAUAAACAACCGCCAAGCACAAUCAGUGGCCCAAAGCAGUAGAGACCGUGGAAAGAGCAAAGGAAAGGCUGCGCUGGGUCUCAUAGCAACUGGCAAAGUGCUCACCACUGCAGCCUCAGGAUUUGCAUUAGGCUCUCAGCGAAACUUACGAAGAGUACCGUGA